AUGGGCAAUCGUUGGCUGGCCACUCGCCUCGAAUUAUUGGGUAAUACGACGGUAAGUGUCCGCAUUUUACAGAUUUUUUUGAAUUUCAAGACAACCACUUUACGUGAGAAGUUGUAGGAGUUUUUGGCAAGAAAAAUUUGAAUUGUUAAGAAAUUUCUGACUGUUAAACUUGAAGUUUUUUCAAACGUACACGUAGAAAAAUAUGAUCUAAUAGUGAAAAAUCUAUUAUCCUAAAAUAAUUGAUUUUUGAUCAGAAUUAUCGAAUUUUUAACCUAUUUUUCUACUUUUCCCUCAUAAAAUUGGGAUUUUUGGUUAUUUUACGGUUUUUGGUUUUUCCUACAGCAAAACGUGUUUUUGAAAGAGUUUAACCGAUCCUUUGACGUCUUAUUGGAGCAAAAUAAAUUAAAUUUCCAGCUUUAAAAACAUAUUUUCCGAGAUUUUUUUAGAGUUUUCUCUAUACAUGAAAAGUAUCGUUUUUUUGAAAGAUCACCACGGAUUUUUCCAUUAUUUGAAUCGGAACAACUCCGAUUUUUCAACUUUUUAACGUUUCCAGGUGCUCCUGGCCUCACUUUGCACAACUUUUUCCACCAAAUAUUUUGGUUUGUCUGCCGGUAUGGCCGGUCUCUCCGUUUCCUAUGCUCUCUCGGUUGGUUUCUGAAUUCUGAUCGAUCUUUAUAUUUUUUGAUCGAAGGCUUGAAAUUUCCCCGAACAGCAUUCCGUUUUUUGACUGCGCGCGGUCGCGAAACGGUCCCGCUUUCGAUUUUUUCUUUUUUAUUUUAAAACAGUCUAUUCAAAAAAAAGAAAACCAAUUGAAAACGCGGCCGAGAUUGCCAAAGACAAAGACGCUUCGCGACCGCCCGCAGCAAAAAAGCGGAAUGUCGUUCGGUAAAAUUUCAAGUCGUGACAAAUAGACUAUAGUUUGAAAAUCUUCCAGAUCACUGAAGUUCUAAAUAUGGCAGUUAGAAUGAUGAGCGAAAUGGAGACGAACAUCGUCUCCAUCGAACGUGUCAAGGAGUACCAAGCCAUCGAACAGGAGGUUCGUUGUGGCUCAGUUGGUAGAGGUUUUGAAUGGGAGUUUGACGAUCCUGGUUUGAGUUUUGCUGAGGCUCCACCAUUUUUGUUGGCUGCUGAAUAUGUUUCAGGACUAUUCUUCACUGUUUUCUGUCCAAUUUUUGGGAUUUUCAAGAAUAAUGUGACUUAAAUCAGUAGAAAGAAGGUUAUCAAUCAAACGACCCUGGUUCGAGUCCUGCUGGCGGCGGAGCAUUUUUGCCGCUUUUAAAAAUUUUCCAAAAUUUUUUUUCUGUUUUCCAUUCAGUCUCAAAAAACCCAACAUCAUUUACCUUGUGAUUUUUCAAUUUUCGACGCCAUAGCUCAGUGGACGAAUGCAUAGGCUGGUCAAAUGGCACGACCCUGGUUCGAGUCCCGUCGGCGGCGAAGCAUUUUUUUGCCGUCUCUAAAUUUUUAUCAUUACUGUUUUUCCAAAACUUUUUUUAAAUUUUUUUCGAUUUUCUAUACAUAUUCCCAUUGUAUAUAUGAAGACACUAUCAAUUAAUGACUCGUUUUUGUAUGACUUUUGAAGCAGGGAUGCCUGAAAAGCUGAAAAUCGACAUAUUUUUUUCAACUUCAGAGUUUCCUGUUUUUCAGGCGAAAUGGGAAGGCGAGACGGAACUUCCAAAAGAUUGGCCCGAAAAAGGAGAAAUUCAAUUUGAAAAUUACGCGAUGCGAUACCGAGAAGACCUGCCGAAAGUGCUGAAAAAUAUCGAUUUGAAAAUUUCUGGCGGCGAGAAGAUCGGAAUCAUCGGAAGGACUGGAUCCGGUGAGUCUGGCUCAGUUGGUAGAGGUUUAGAUGAUGAGUAGGAAGGUCGAAGGAUCCGAUCCUGAGGCUCAGAAAAGCGGAAAUAAUAGGCACGAAAAGAUUUUCAUCCUAAUUUGUUCGUAAAAUCGUAGGUUACUGUAGAAAUCUCUUUUUUGCAAUUCAGUCUCACUAAUCAUUAAAAUAUCCGUUUCUCUUUGAAAUUUACUGGUUCCUUGAAGUUUUUGAAGAACCCUGUCCCUUCAUUAAGUAUUUUUGAGUUGAUUGGAGAGUUUUUCUGCCUAGCUCAGUGGAUAGAAUCCUUGUCUGUCAACUUGAGGGCUCAGGUUUGAGUCCUAGAAGGGGGAAAGCUUUUUGCUGGAUUUAAAAAAUGUCAAAAAAUAAAAAAAUAUGUUUUUAUUCGAGUUAUGUCGCAGUACGUCAACAACGCUUCAACGAAAUCUUUCCUUGUUUUUCAAAUUUUAUUGAAAUCGGAACUUCGUUCAGUCAGCUAAUUUUAGGGAAAAGCAGUUUAACCAUGGCCCUCUACCGAAUGAUCAAAGCGACUGAAGGAGAAAUUAAAAUCGAUGGAAUUCCGACGGAUUCCCUGGGUUUACAUCAGCUGCGCAAGAAAAUGAUCAUCAUUCCGCAGGUUUUUCGAUUUUUCGCUCUAUAUGAGAAUGACUCGACGCGUCGCGGUCGCGAAGCGGUUACCUCGGAAAGAAAACGAAAGGCGCCCGGUGGUAUCUUAUAGCAUAGAGAAGACGCGAAGGUCGGGCGCAGCUUUUAAAAACGCAACGCGACCGCGACGCUUCGAGCCAUUCCCCUGGGACUUCCUGGUUUUUUUAUUAUACUGUUAUGACUACGAAAUCGCCGAAUAUUUUGAAGAAGUUUUUCAUAAUGCUCCUGCGACGAUAGUUAUUCAUUAGAAAUUUUAACGAUAAUUUUCCAGUCUCAAAUAUUUUUGGGGUCAUUUUUAAGGAGCCCGUCGUAUUUUCCGGAACUCUCCGAUUCAACCUGGACCCAUUCAAUGAGAAACACGACGAUGAGAUCUGGAAAGCCUUGGACGUUUGCCAACUGAAGGAAUUCGCAUCGUCUGGGACUGGAAAAUUGGAUCGACACAUCGCCGAGGGCGGCAAGAAUAUGAGGUAAAGAAAUAAAUCAAUUUUUUCGACGUAUGAACCCUAAAGAGCUCACUUGGGCCUGAAGUUGAUAUUUGAAGCUUUUGGGACGGAGAAGUGUUUAAAAAAAGUGAAAAAGGCUUUUCCUUUACUUUCAGCUUUUCACAUCAAUAAACGCCUUUUCAAAUCGUGUCAGGGCCAUUUUUUGAAAAUCUAAAUGUCCCUUUAAAACCAAACAAGUUUCCUAUAGCAUGGGGGAGCGCCAACUCCUCUGCCUGUGCCGAGCUGUACUUCGCGGUGGUCGAAUCGUGAUCCUCGACGAGGCGACGGCUUCUGUGGACGCUGUGACCGACGGCGUAGUCCAGCGGGCGGUCCGGACACACUUCCCGACCUCGACGACCCUGGCCAUCGCCCAUCGACUUGAUACCAUUGCCGAUUCUGACAGGUGGGCUCAGUGGGUAGAGCUUUUGACGAGGGAAAAGUGGUCCUUGAAUCGAUUCCUCUUGAGGAAAUGGCAAAAACUGUAUGGAAAUUUUUUUAAAUAUUGUUCAAGGUGUUCUUGGAACUGGUAGACAAAAGUUGAAUGGAAAAAAUUUUCGUAUUAAUGUUCUAGAAGGGGUUUUUGACAUGUAGGAAGGCUGACUCAACCAGUAGAACUUUUGAAAUUGAGAAAAAGAGUCCUUUGGUUCGGUUCCUCUUGAAGAAAUAGCAAAAAAAUUAUAAAAAAAUCCCAUUUUUCUGGAGCUUUUUUUGCAGCUUUUUGUGAAAGUUUUUUUCAAAAUUUAAUCUGAAAAUUGAAAUGAAAUUAAAAAAAAAAUGAUGAUUUCUCUUGAAAUUCCGAAAUUAUAUCUAACAAUUGAUUCUCAGAAUCCUCGUACUGGACGACGGUCACGUCGCGGAAUUCGACACCCCUUCAAAUUUACUCAGAAAUCCCUAA